ACCGUGACGUCAACAUGUUUACCCGGAAAUGCGAACUUAUUUUCACGGCGGCUGGUUUAAUCUUGAAUUUGUCUGCAAUUUCUUUCGAUUUUCCUUACAUUAAAUGAGACUUGUAUGCAUCCCGUAACCUAAGGUUUGUUAACAUGUACAGUGGGCUUCUGCCUAAGGGUUUAACAGAAGAAGAGCUGAGUCCGGACGACGAAGAAGAGGAGCAGGAGAAUAAAGUCGGGGAAGAGAGGGGGAGUCCUGCUAGGGACAAAGAUGUCUCUCUGGCUGGAACGCCAGCAAAAGCUGUCAUCAAUGCCAGCAUCGAAGCGCCGAUAUGCAACCUGCCUGGUAUAUCCCAGGAAAUGUGGCAAAAAUUCAAUGAGCUCCGUGGAAAGAAAGAUGACAUGAAGACGCAGAGGAAAGGGAAAAGACGGCGACGCAAGAAAGGAACAAAAAUCAAAGAGCCAACAGAGACACGGUGUCAGUGGCAGGAGAAGUCGGAGAAGCACUGGGAUGGGCUUAAGCAGUAUUUUGGUGUAAAUGAUCGAUUUUAUCCCCCUGCAAGUUCCAACCCCCCACAGAAGUCCGGCCUAGAAAAGAGCAUAGAGACGGCCAUAGCUGAAGGGGACGUUGCAAAGGCGGAGGAGAUGAGCGACAGACUCGCCACUCGAGAGCUCGCUGUGAAAAUCGCUGAAGCCACUGGUUGCCGUGACUAUGUGCAGUGCAAACAGGAAGAAGACGCUUUGAGGGCAGCGAAGAAAAGGAAGAAACAAAUAGCUUGGGGGUUUGAGGCAAAAAAGCGUUGGGAAACCAAAAGCAACAUGGGCUACAUGUGACCAACAUGGAUGGGAGAAAGAUGUUGUAUUUUCCCUUAAAGCAGUGGUCCCCAACCACCGGGCCGCAGAAAUUUUUUUUAUUAAUUUUUAUUAAAAAAAAAAAUAAUAAUAAUAACAUUUUUUUUUUAUUAUUAAAUUAACAUAAAAAACACAAUAUACACUUACAAUUAGUGCACCAACCACAAAAACCUCCCUUUUUCAUGACAAAAACAUCCCUUUUUCAUGACAAAGAAAAAAAAAAAAAAAAAAAGGACAAUUGGAUUUGGGAUUAAAUUGCUACCAAAACACAUACAGUGGAACCAGAGGUGGGUAGUAACGCGCUACAUUUAUUCUGUUUCAUAUUCUUGAGUAACUUUUGGGAUAAGUUGUACUUCUAAGAGUAGUUUUAAUGCAACAUGCUUUUACUUAAGUAUAUUUAUAGAGAAGAAACGCUACUGUUACUCCGCUCCAUUUAUCUACAUUCAGCUCGCUUCUCGCUACUGAUUUUUAUCGAUCUGUUAAUGCACGCUUUGUUUUUUUUGGUUUGUCAGACAGACCUUCAAAGUAGGAUCCAUCACAUGCCUGCGUUUCACCAAUCAAAUGCAGUACUGGUGACGUUUGACUCCGUUUCACCAAUCAAACAGAGCCAGGCAGUCACAUGAUAAGUGCACACUUUUUUUUCUUUUGUUUUUAUAAACCUUUAUUUAUAAAUUUCAACAUUUACAAACAGUUGAAAAUAAUAAUCAAAGUAAGUACAAAUACAGUACAAAAACUGUACAAAAAAACGCCAGGGGGUUGUAAACUCAAAGUAACUAAAAUAGAAAUAAAAAAUAUAUAAAACAAAGUGCACAGCCAUAGGCUCACUCAAUCUCAGUAAAUAACUUAAAUUUGGAACACAGCAUCAUCGUUUUCACAGCUUUUCUGGUUGUUAGAGGUAGAGUGUUUUAAUGUAGAGUUCUAAAUCUUUUUUAAAGGCACAAAAAACAGGUCGGGUAUUGAGAAACUUACAUUUAUGAAUAUAAAACUUAGCCAAUAGUAUAAUGAGGUUGCAAAGGUAAAUUUGAUUUUCAAAUAUUUUUUCAAUACAGUGUAAAACCCAAUAUAUAUUAUUUAAUGUAUAUUAUUGUUUUGGUUGCUUAAGAGAUAUGCCUGGCUCUGAAUUUGUUCAUUGCUAUUUUUAUGUUUUUGUGCAUUACUUGUUGCCGUCAUCAUUAAACGAACAGGUUACUCAUCAGUUACUCAGCUGUACAUGAGUAGUUUUUUCACAAAAAACUUUUUAUUUUCACUCAUGUAAAUAUUUGGGUGACUACUCCUUACUUUUACUUGAGUAAUACAUCUCUAAAGUAACAGUACUCUUACUUGAGUACAAUUUUUGGCUACUCGACCCACCUCUGAGUGGAACUUCGAUUUAUGAACUUAUUUGGCUCUUAAACAUGGUGCUUAUACCGUAAAGUUUGUAUUUUGGAGCAGAGUUCCCCAUAAGAAUCAAUGUAAACAUGAAUUGUUGGUUUUGACCUCUACAAAAGUUCCUAUUUAAAAAAAUAAAAUGCACACUUUGAAGACA